AUGUACAUUCAAUCGUCCGCGGUAGCCCUGCUGUUGGCCCAGCUGGCCUCGGCAGCACCCCAACUCAAAUAUGGAGGGAACACAGGCCCUGUAGGAGGCGUCACGCCCCCGAUACCCACCGCGACGGCCGCCUCGGGCAGCCUCUACGGCGGCAGCAGCCUCCUAGGGGGCAACGCGCGCCUCCCCGACGUCGACUCAGACACGGCCCAGCUGCCGGAGAAGCCGCAGCUCGUCAACGGACAAGAUGCCGACGCCGACCUCGGCCUCUACCUGGACCUCAACUCUGUAGACGAGCCGCAGCCCAUCCGCGGCGACUACGGGCAGGUCGACCCAGGCCCGCGGACGUUCCAGUACGAGAAGCUCAACCCGGACCUCUUCGCGCCGCCCGGCACCGACGCCGGCUCCGUGCCCAACGCCGUGUGGCCCCUCGGCCUGUCCCACAACCGGCCCGGCUACCGCGGCCGCUCCGGCUGGGCGCGCCAGCAAAACACCGACGUGCUGCCCAACGCCAAGCGCAUGGCCGGCGUCGACAUGAAGCUCGCGCCCAACGCCUACCGCGAGCUGCACUGGCACACGGCGGGCGAGUGGGCGCUCGUCCUCAAGGGCUGCGUGCGCGUCGCGGCCAUCAACGACGAGAACCAGUCCUUCACGGAUGACCUCUGCGAGGGCGACGUCUGGUUCUUCCCGCCGGGCGUGCCGCACUCCAUCCAGGCCUUUGACAAGGGCGUCGAGUUCCUGCUCGUCUUUGACGAGGGCGACUUUGACGAGAACGGCACCUUUCUCGUCAGCGAGAUGUUUGCCCGCACCCCGCGCGAGGUGCUCUCCAAGAACUUCCAGGCCGACGUCGACGCCUUCAAGGACCUGCCCGAGGGCGAGCUGUACAUUUUCAACGGCACGCAGCAGCCCAAGGACAUACAGCAGCAGAACAUUACCGCGCCGGGUGGGUUCCUGACAGGCAACGGCUCCUACACGUACCACUGGUCGCAGCAGGAGCCUUACCACGUACCCGGCGGCAGCGUCAAGAUCCUCGACCCGCGCACCUUUCCCAUCGCGACCAUGUUCUCCGCCGCGCUGGUGACGGUCCAGCCGGGCGCGAUGCGCGAGAUGCACUGGCACACCACGUCGGACGAGUGGGACUACUUCCUCCAGGGGUCCGGCCGCGCGACCAUCUACCACGCCCCCAGCGCCGGCCGCACAUUUGACUUUACCGCCGGCGACGUGGGCUACAUCUCGCAGGCCGAGGCGCACUACGUCGAGAACACGGGCACAGAGGACCUCGUCUUCCUCGAGGUGCUGCAGGCGCCCAAGUUCUCCGACGUGUCCGUCGCCCAGUGGCUGGCGUUGACGCCCAAGCAGACGGUCAAGGAUCACCUGAAGCUGCCGGACAAGCUGAUUGAUAGCCUCCCCAAGGAGAAGACGAUCCUGAAAGUGGGGAACAAGAAUCUGACGGCACUGGCUGGUGGGGGCAAGGCCUACGAGCCGUGA